GUGCACAUUUGUUGGCGGGAAUUCGACUGAAAUCUCAACACACUUGUAUGUUUUACUGCGGUCCUGGCGUCAUAUUUAAUAGCUAGAUAGCAUAUUUAUCCGAUAAAGACAUGAGUUUGGAUACUCUGUUUCAACAAAUUCUACUAACUGAACAGCAAAUAUCGGAGAAAACGCGACAAUCUCAAGAGGUCAAGGCUGCUAUUGCAAGAUGUCAAGACAGGGUCAAGUCAUUGACAGAAAAAUCAGAAUGUCUCUCCAAGGAACUUGAUGAAAGGGCUCAGCAUCUAUCAGAGACAAAGCUGCAGUAUGACCUAAUAAAAAAGCGUCAAGUACAAGUUGAAAAGCAGGCAGGGGAGCUUCUGAGACAGCAGAGGGAUCUCAGGAAACACUUGGAGAAAAUAAAGAAGUCGUCGAAGGAGGAACAGGAGAAAUUCAUGAAAGAAAUCAUGACUUUCAACAGCGACUUUAGCCUUUUGAAUAACAGGGAGACUGUUUUUGAGAGCCAAACCCAAUCUGAGAUAUGUAACUUGGAGCAGGAGGUUAUCUCUUUAAACAAAGAGAUGGAGUCCAUGGGGCGGAAGAAUACUCGGAUGAACUCUAUGCAAGAAGAAAAGAGAGGUCUCCAUUUGGAGCUACAAGGACUGGAACAUAUUAUGAGAGACCUGGAGAGCCAGCUGAAUGAGGCUAAAUCAAUGACCGAGUCCUUAAGUGCAGAGAGUCUGAUGGUCACCCAGAAGCCCCUCACAGACAGCACUUGCUUAAGACUUAAAAAGGAGCUGGAGAUGCACAAAGAAGGAGAGCUGGAACUGCUGAGAGAAGCCCUUAGCUCUGAAAUCCUGUUCCUGCAAUCGAAACUGUCUCAGAAGACUCCCCAAUACUCAAGGAAAUUCACAUAGUGUCCAAAUGUGUUUCUGGUAGAGGAAAAUUCCAGAGGUACAGAAGCAGUGUUCAACCUCAAAGCCGCCAGUUCAGAGGAAUUAAUUACUAAUGUCAGUGAUAUUUCUUGAAAUGUCUUAUUUUGAAUUUAUUGAAAAUAUAGUAUGAGGUAUUUUUACACCACCUACAAAAUUCCAAUGUGAUCCCUGGCUAUACAUUUUAUUAAAGGGUCAUUAAUGUCCAUAAAGAGAGAAGACAAUUAAAACUGUAAGUGUUUGCAGAGAUUGCUGUUUGUAUUCUUUGCUGCCCUCUAGAGGCCAUUUUACACCACAUGAUGGCCAACCAGACCAGGAUGUUCUUGUUCAUGUAGUACUCUAGUACCAGCACAAUGACUCAUUAAAAUAAUUGACGAUUAUGGGAUCCGGCAUGUAUCUUCUCCAGAUCAUUUUCAUGUUAUCCCUGGAUUUGAUUGACCGUCAGUUGAUUGACUUAUGAUGUAAUAGUUAAUGAGUUCAAAUCCCGUUUGAGUCUUUGUUCUGUUGACUUCAGAGCAUGACCUGGAUUAAUUCAAAUCAGGCCAUUUGACUAAGUGGUUUGCAGCUUCUGUACUGGCAGUAUUCUGCUAACAUAAUCCUCACAUCACCUGGGAUUUGAAAAUACUUAUUUUAUAUCCUUUGAGAUUGUAGUAGUCUGACCAUUUAACAACUGCAUUUUUUUAUUUGAAUUUGAAGCACAUCAGAUAAGAAAUAUGCAACCUGCAUGAAAAAUGUUUGGUGUCUAAAGUAGAAGUGAAUAUGUAUGCAACGAAUCCACCCACUGACACUUAAACCUGAGGUGCUGGUUAUUAGAGAAAUAUUGACACACAAAGUAAUGUUGCUACAGAAACAUGUAUUAGAAACACAAGUCAGAAAAAUAAAGUGGUGAUGACAAAAUAAAAA